UGUGGCGUGUGACUGGUCGCGGAGUUUUGUCAAUCACGUUGCCGCGGUUCGGAAGGAGGGAGCGCAGUGCGACCCGAGCUUCCUCGCGCACGAGGAGCGGCCGUUGGGGGCGCGCGCCUCGCCGAUUCUCUCCCCCCCCCCCCCCCACCACCAGCUGUGCUGGCGCGCGCAUGCACGAAAGUCGGGUUCACUGGCUUUGAAGUGGCCUGAGGCGCACAUGGUACUUCCUGUCCCGAAGAAUGGAAAGCUUCCAGCUCAAGCCGACUUCGCUGCGAAUCUCUGCGCGCUUCUUCAGUCUUCUGCUCCGCUAAUGAUGGACACAUUCCACUCUCGCCUCGGCAGAGCAGAGCAGUGCUAGUAUGCUUCGGGAUUAAAUGGUUCCUACACGUCGUCAGCACUACUCACCUUGUACUGCAGUUUCACUUUUCGAAGAAGGAAAAACCUCCUUGCCAGCCGACCUAAAGUACCCUACUCAGGCCCUCCCGUGAAACCGUGGACUUUCCUCCCCCCACCCCACCCCCUUCCCUUUCCCUUUUUUCCCCCGACAGUAAAACUAUUCAACAAGUUGUGUUUGGAUGUGCAUUUGUCAUGCAGGGGCUACUGGAACAGGGCUUUGUGCUUUUCUUCUGCUACACAGUCUGCAGGUUUUUAUUCGCCGAUUCUCUACCCAAAUUCAAACUUAAAAAACAGCUAGAAAAGGAAAGAUGUGAAGAGAAUGUAGCCUUGACAGAAGAUCAUGUUGGAUCACUACAGGAGAAUGAACUUGAAAAUGUUAUUCAUGUACGGAGACGAAGGGAAUCUAUGGAUCCCUACUGGGCUUAUUCAGGAAACUAUGGACCAAAAUAUUGGGCCACGUCUUACGUCGGUUGCUCUGGUGUCAGUCAAUCCCCAAUUGAUAUUGUAGAUCAUAAGACCCAUGAAAAAGAUGACCUGCAGCAAAUCCACCUCGAGGGUUUCGAAACAGAGUCCUCCAAUAGGACGCGAAUGAAGAACACUGGAAAGACAAUUGCUGUGCUGCUGAAGGAUGAUUAUUUUGUUAGCGGAGCUGACCUUCCAACCAGACUUAAAGCAGAAAAACUGGAAUUUCACUGGGGUCAGAAUUGGAGUUCUCCAGGUUCAGAACACAGCCUGAAUGGAAAAAGAUACCCUAUUGAGAUGCAGAUUUAUCUUUCAAAUCCUGACAAUGGUGACAUGGACAUGACAUCCAGAAGAAAUGGUGUUGCAGGAGCAAUGGCGAUAUUCCUUCAGGUCACCCGCCAGGACAAUCUUGCAUUGGUUCCCAUUAUCAGAGGGUUGAAGGGAGUCGUACACCAUGAGAAAGAAACUUUUCUGGAUCCCUUUGUACUGGGCCGUUUGCUGCCAGCAACUCUUGGAAGUUACUACAGAUAUUCUGGCUCCCUGACAAAGCCACCAUGCAGUGAAAUUGUGGAAUGGAUAGUCUUCAGCAGACCUAUCUCUAUUUCCCUUCAGCAGCUGGAGGCCUUUUAUACCAUAUUUACAACUGAACAGCAAGAUCACGUCAAAUCGUUAGAGUACUUGAGGAACAACUUCCGCCCACAACAGAAUCUGAAUAAUAGAGUGGUCUACAAGUCAGUAGUCAAAGGCUCUUGGAGCCAAGUAACUGAGAACCCUGGGAUCCUACAUAUCACUGAAGCUGUCGUUCAAUUGGGUAAGUCAGCAGAAGAUUAUACUUGGAUUGGAUUUCAAUACGCUUAUUAUAUAUACUUGGAUCUGGAGAUAGGGCAUACUUUUGAUCAAGAUCUUUUACUAUCGCUGCGAGUAUGCAGCAGCCCACCUGUGAAUAUGACCGUGCAACCUGUGAACAGGUCUGCUUUACUCGUCACGUGGAACAGACCAGAAACCAUCUACCACCCUCCAAUUAUAAAUUAUCUAAUCUCCUAUAGCUGGACAAAAGAUGAGGGAGAAAAAGAACAAACAUUCACCAAAAAGAAUGAUCACAACCUGGAAGCGAUUAUCAAUCAUGUGUCCCUGGAUAAACUCUACCUGUUUCGUGUACAAGCUGUGUGUCAGAAUGAUCUACGAAGUGAUUUUAGCCAGACAAUGCUAUUUCAAGCUAACACAACUAGAAUAUUUGAAGGAACCAGGAUUAUAAAAACAAGAAUGCCUACAGCCUCUCCUGCUGCUUCAGCUGACAUGGCACCAAUCAGCUCUGGGUCAUCUACCUGGACUUCUUCUGGUUUAACUUUGCCCUUUGUUUCCAUGGCAACUGGCAUAGGCCCUUCAUCCAGUGGAAGCCAGACUACUGUAGCAUCUGUGGUAACGAGCACUUUGCUUGCAAGUCUUGGGUUUGGUGGUGGUGUUGUUCCUUCCUUUCCUAGUACUGUGUGGCCUACACGCCUUCCAUCUGUUUCUUCAACCACUAAACACCGAGCAAGAACUGUUGUUUCAACAACUGAAGCAUUGUCAUCUCCAGGCUCAGAGGGUGGUUCUGCUGUGAACAAAACUGGUGAGGCAGAAGGUAAAGAUGAAAAGAAAGACAAUGAUGGUGAGAAAGGAGAAGGAGAAGGAGAAGGUGACGAUGAAGAAGAAAAAGGCUCCGGAAAAGAAAAUGAAAACAAGACUGUGAAUGUAACAACCACUAAGACACAAAAUGAGACUGAGUCAGGGACAUCACCUGAAGGAUCAAGUGGUCCAACCGAGAAGGAUAUAAACCCGACCAGUGAACUAGACCUUUCAAACACAACUGUGAGUCAGGAAAAUACCACCUUUCCACAACCAGCAAUGGAACAGACGGAGACACUAUCCAAAGUUGCAACGACAGAAAGCUAUCCAGUUCAAAUUCCACUCAAUCCAACACCUUCUUCAAAAGCAUGGAAUGAUGUGGAGCGAGAUAAGUCAGCUGAAAACACAUUUGUUAUGGUGGAUCCAGAUAGGUCCUCCUCCAGUAUGGCCACACAACCAUACUCACCGUCCAGUAAGAUGGAAUGGAUAAUUCCAUUGGUGGUUGUCUCCGCAUUGACAUUUGUCUGCUUAAUUCUUCUUGUGGGUGUGCUAGUUUACUGGAGAAAGUGCUUUCAAACAGCGCACUUCUAUGUGGAAGAUAGCAAUUCACCACGGGUGGUUCCUAACGAAAGCAUUCCCAUUAUUCCAAUUCCAGAUGAUAUGGAGGCCAUUCCAGUCAAGCAGUUUAUAAAGCACAUCAAUGAACUGUAUAACAAUAAUCAGCAUGGAUUUUCUGAAGAAUUUGAGGAAGUCCAACGCUGUACAGCUGAUAUGAACAUCACAUCAGAGCAUUCCAACCAUCCAGAUAACAAGCACAAAAACCGAUACAUCAACAUUGUAGCAUAUGAUCACAGCAGAGUUAAGCUACGGCCAAUACCAGGAAAAGAUUCAAAGCACAGUGACUAUAUAAAUGCCAACUAUGUUGAUGGUUACAACAAGUCAAAAGCCUAUAUAGCUACACAAGGCCCCCUUAAGCCCACAUUUGAAGAUUUUUGGAGAAUGAUCUGGGAACAAAAUACAGGAAUCAUUGUUAUGAUUACAAAUUUAGUGGAAAAAGGAAGACGAAAAUGUGAUCAGUACUGGCCCAGUGAGAACAAUGAAGAGUAUGGCAACAUAAUUGUCACCCUGAAGAGCACAAAAGUGAGGGCAUGUUGUACUGUACGUCACUUCACCAUACGGAACACAAAAGUUAAAAAGGGCCAAAAGGGAAACCCCAAGGGACGUCAGAACGAACGCAUGGUUAUCCAGUACCACUACACCCAGUGGCCCGACAUGGGGGUACCAGAGUAUGCCCUUCCUGUACUCACCUUUGUAAGAAAAUCAUCUGCAGCUCAAACACCAGACAUGGGACCAGUGGUGGUACAUUGCAGUGCUGGUGUUGGUAGAACUGGAACAUACAUUGUGCUUGACAGUAUGUUGAAACAGAUAAAAGAUAAAAGCACAGUUAAUGUUCUAGGUUUCCUCAAACAUAUCAGGACCCAGAGGAACUAUCUUGUGCAAACAGAGGAACAAUACAUUUUUAUUCAUGAAGCCUUGCGGGAAGCAAUUCAUGGAAAAGAAACAGAAGUACCUUCCACGCAGCUACAUGGUUACGUCAACAGUAUUCUAAUUCCAGGUCUUUCUGGGAAGAUGAGGCUGGAGAAGCAGUUCAAGUUGGUAACUCAGUGUAAUGCAAAAUUUAUAGAAUGCUUCAGUGCCCAGAAAGAAUGCAACAAAGAGAAGAACAGGAACUCCUCAGUUGUGCCAUCUGAACGAGCUCGGGUAGGCCUCGCACCAUUACCUGGGACCAAAGGAACUGAUUAUAUCAAUGCCUCCUACAUCAUGGGAUACUACAGAAGCAAUGAAUUUAUUAUUACUCAGCAUCCUUUGCCACACACAACGAAGGACUUUUGGCGAAUGAUUUGGGACCACAAUGCACAAAUUAUUGUCAUGUUACCAGAUAACCAUGGACUUGCCGAGGAUGAAUCUGUGUACUGGCCAAGCCGUGAAGAAUCCAUGAAUUGUGAAGCCUUUACUGUAACCCUCAUCAGCAAAGACAUCCUGUGCCUCUCCAAUGAAGAACAAGUUAUCAUCCAUGAUUUCAUCCUAGAGGCAACACAGGAUGAUUACGUACUGGAAGUGCGUCACUUUCAGUGUCCAAAAUGGCCCAAUCCAGAUGCUCCUCUGAGUAGCACCUUUGAACUUAUUAAUGUAUUAAAAGAAGAGGCCUCAACCAGAGAUGGACCAACCAUUGUUCACGAUGAGUUUGGAGGUGUCUCUGCUGGGCUGUUCUGUGGCCUUACCACCCUUUCACAGCAGCUGGAGUGUGAAUCUGCUGUGGAUGUGUACCAGGUUGCAAAGAUGAUAAACCUUAUGAGGCCAGGAGUUUUCACAGACAUUGAGCAGUAUCAGUUCCUAUAUAAAGCAAUGCUCAGCUUAAUCAGCACAAAAGAGAAUGGGAAUGGCCCCUCAUCAUUUGACAAAAACGGCACCAUCAUUAUCACUGAUGAAUCAGAUCCAGCAGAGAGCAUGGAAUCUCUUGUGUAAUAUGAAGCUUUUUGCAAAUGGCACUUCAUUUGAAAAAUGUUUAAGGACUGAAUGAACUUUUGAGGCCUUUAUUGCCAGGUUCCAAUUUUACUGACAACCUGACUGUACUUUUCACAGUGAUGAGAGUUUCAAUGUUUUAACCAUUCUGAUUCUUACUGUUAUCCUGCUGAGUAUUUGCACCUCCUAGCUUCACAAAACAAAAUCUCAAUUCAUUCUAGUUUGCACUAUUUGAUCAGUGUUACAGCCAAUUAAUAUCUAGGACAAAAGCUCAAAACUCCACAAAGCUAUUCUGUCUGCAAUCUUUCAUUAGCUGUGUGCAUAGGAAGAUGGAAUUUGUGUUUAGAGAUAGCUUUGCAGUAAUUUUGCAAAAAAGAAGCAUUCUACAUUUUGGUUGGAGAUUAGUUCAGAUGGAGCCCUCUUUUAUGCAUAAAUGGUGUAAUUUUAGAUAUCAUUUGAAGUAAUACAUUAUGUGAGCCUGGCAAAUCUUUGCGAAAUGCCUGUGAUACAACUUUACAUUCCAGUAAUCAGAGUAUAAAAAUUCAAAAAAAAACUCUUUAUAAUUUGGAUUUACUAUGCCAGGGGUAUGGGUAAAGCAAUUAAAUUGUCAAUUUCUAACAAUGUUACAUUUGUAAUGUAACAGAUUGUAACUGGAUAUUUAUGGAGAAAAGCUGACUUUUUGCAUAUAGCUGAAAAGUAAUAAAUCUCUUAAAGGAAACAGUCGUAUUGCAUGUAAGGUGCAGAAUUACUAAGCCCUUUGAAGGAUUAAUAAAAAUGCAUAGUUUCUUUUACAAGGAUGUGAGUGUUGAUAUUAAAAAAGAUAGAUUAACAUGUGAAUUACAUAAGUGCAAAAAUGACGGAUCAUUUGAUAAUAAUAAAGUUACACCAUUACUUAUAUAAAGGCUUCACCAAUAAUGUAGCAGAUUUGCCUGCUCUAUACUUGUCAUUUCAAAAUAUUUUUUUAAAAAUCUCAGAUCAUAUAAUGUCAGUGGAACAAACUUUUUAACUUACCAAAGAUAUAAAGUAGUUCUCAGCAGAAUGUAGUCAUUCUUUUCUCUCCCAGAAAUACAGUUUUAAUUGUCUUAUUAAUUAUUUUUAAAAUGUCUCUUCAGUCCAGGGUGCACUUUUUUUAUUUGUAAGCUCAAUUAAUGACUCAAUAAGAUGAAUGUUAAUAUUAUCAAGAUGCCAGUUCGUAUUUUUAUGCCUAGCGAAUAAAUAAACUUUCGCACAGAUAUACAGUACAUACCUUAAUUGCAAUGUAGAAUCUCUAUGGUUUCUCUUUUUAAGGAGCAGACCAUAUUUGUACAUAAGAUUCAUUUGUGAUAGUCAGUUAGUUCUCUGCAGUUGUAGUUUUGUUCUCAUCAAUGGGAAGAAUACGGCAAUGCUGGACAGAAUUUGCUGUAAUAUUUCUCUUUGACAUGACACCCUUAAGAAAACUGCUACCUGGAAGUAAAAACAAAAGUUACAAAAUUUUAUGUAUUAAAAAAAAGAGGUAUUUUCACAAAGUAGGAGACAUUUUCUAUACAAACUAAACAUUUUGAAGGGGCAAACACGAAUCAGACUUUUAGGCAAUUAAAAAGCUUGAACUGUUUUCAAGAAAAACUAUCUAUAUAAAAAAAAGAAAAAAAAACUUUUCUCAACAAAGGGGAGAUAUUUGAAUUUUCUUUUUAACCUCAUGGUGUAGUUGUCUUCAAAAAUAAUUUUGUUUCUGUGUUUUAGGCAAAUACAUUCAUAGAUCAUAUAUCAUGUCCUGAAAAUCAUAAUCUACAUUCAUUCUUAAAGGUAGCAGACAAAUCAAAUUGUAAAUAUUUUGUUGCUUUGCAGGCAUCUUAUGGGGACUUUGUAUCUAUGUUAUAUAAUCACAGAAUUUUAUAUUUUCAUAUAAAGCUAAUUUUUUUCUAGUCUCAACUCCUUCAUAGUUUUGUGGUGGCUAUGUCGAAAGCUGUAUGUGCAUUGAGCAGUACUAUGAAUACAGUGUCAUCACAUUUCAAAGGCAUUUAACAUUUAUUACUUCUUGGGGCAGUGGUCGUCAAAGUUGCAGGUAUUUUCAACUAUAUCGUUGGUGUGUGCAAUAGGAAUAGACCUAGGCAGUUACUGAACAAGUUUGUCUCAUAACCCAUUUGAAAAUGUGGUGUUUUGUAACUUGAAAAAAUCUCCUUUUUUUCUGUCGGAAACUAUAGUAAAUCGUUCUAUUAUAGUGUUAUUUAAUAUGUAAAUUGUAUUCCUAUACAUGAAAUAAAGUAUGGGUUUUGAUGGACCAGUA